GUGAGCAAAUGGCGUUGGAGAGGAAAAUGGUGGCGCUCUCCUCCAUGCUGCUCAUGCUCCUCGUGUCUGGCGCCGUCGCCGCGAGGCCGACGCGCCAGCUAGCUGCCGACGACGGCACCGUCGCGGCGCCUGCUGCUGCACCGGCCGCGGUGGACGUGUCCGCUGGGCUUGCUGAUGCGCCGGUGGCUGCCGGCAAUGCCGUCGUCCCGGCCGCUGCGGCAGCGGCACCGAUGGGCCCUGUUGCUGGUGCGGCGGCAUCCGGUGGCGCUGCGGUCGGAGCACCCAUAGGCGCCAGCGCCGUCCCUGUGGCGUCGGGCGCGGCGGGGAUGAACGCCGGUGGCGGCGGCGGCGGCGACCGCUCGAUGGUCUUCUUCAUGCAUGACAUCCUCGGCGGCACGAAUCCGUCGGCGCGCAUCGUGGCGGGCAUCGUCGACAACACCGCCGUCACCGGGCAGAUCCCCUUCGCGCGGCCCAACGGCGCCGUGCUGCCGCUGAACAGCGGCGUCAGCGUCAACAGCGGCGCGGCCGGCGCCAUCGACAACAACAACAUCCCCUUCCUGACCGGCCUCGGCGGCGCCACCAACGCCGUCACGUCGAACAACAACAACAACAACAACGGCGUGCCCGUCUUCGCCGGCGGCAGCCUCCCGCAGGGGACCACGCUCCAGAAGCUCCUCUUCGGGACCAUGACGGUGGUCGACGACGAGCUCACGGAGGCGCCGGAGCUGGGCUCGGCGGCGGUGGGCAGGGCGCAGGGGUUCUACAUCGACAGCUCCGAGGAGGGCGUGAGCCAGACGGUGGCGGUGACGACGAUGUUCAAGGACGGCGAGUUCGCCGACAGCAUCAGCUUCUUCGGCGUGCACCGCACGGCGGACUCGGAGUCGCACCUCGCCAUCGUCGGCGGCACGGGGAAGUACGUCGGGGCGAAGGGAUUCGCCAAGGUAGCCGUCGUGAGGCCCGGAGGCGCGGCGCACGAGACGGACGGCGUCGAGACGGUGCUCCAGUUCACCGUGUUCCUCAUGAUGUACUAGUUAGCAAACCUGGGUCGAGCGAGCUAUCUAUCUAGCUAAACGGAAAGAUCGCGCGCACGCAACGUGCUGCAGGGCGCUCACGGUUGAGUUGUGUGAUGACAAGUACGUGCUCCUGCCGUGCAAGUCGUUAGUUUCUCUAAUAUUUUUGUGCUUACCCGUAAGUUGGCGCUCAAGGAAAGCAUUUUUGCAAUAGUAGA